AUGAGUUCGCAACGCGUUAUGGGUAUUUGCCUCUUUAUAGCAGCUGCAGAUGUUAUAGUUAGUGGCCUUCUCACUUUCAUUUUUAAUCAAUCUAUGUUACGAAGCCAUGAAAAUACAGUGAUGAUUGAUCUUGGGGUUAUGGAACUUUUUCACGAUUGGUUUUUAUUUAUUACCGUCAAGGCUAUUACUCAUGGCGUUCUUUUACUAAAAGUUAAAGAUUUCAUCUCAUCCACUGUGACUGAGGCUUGCGCUCUUACAGCUGUAGCGAUAAUAACUGCUGGAAUAUCACCUGCAACACUAACAAGAAUGGUGCUAGUCUUGAUUUUAAGCAAUUAUAAUUCACCGGUAGCCUUUUUUGUGCCUAUGGCAUUGGCAGUACUUGGCAUAAUUAUAAUAGAAAUAAUUUCUAUCUACGUGAUUGUCAAGCAAGUUCAUCGUAUUCAUUCGGAUGAGGAUGGUUAUUUACUGAUUCAGACUCCUUUUAACAAAUCUGCCUUAUCCUGGACGAUGAUGACAUGUGGCCUGAUCAUUUUUGGAAUAUCGAUCACUCUAUUUGUGGAACGUUGGCCUUUAUAUCAUGUCGUAACAGCUAAUCUUCACGCAGCUCUGCUUUUUGCUACUGGAAUCCUAGGUAUCAUUACUGAAAAAAAACGUGUUCGUAAUUUGAACAUAUGGCAUAAGAUUUUUACCACUUAUACCGCCGGAAUUGGUGCCGCUUCUGUUGUUUCUAUCGUUCGUCUUCUUGUUUUCUUCACUGGCAAUCUAAUAAAUUCGGGCUGGCGAAGAGGCGAUUUUACGGCUUUAACUCUAUCUCAAGCAAUCUUUACUAUCCUUGGAUUUACUAUCUCAUUAAUCACUAUGAUAGCUGCCGAUGAUGUCAGAAAUAAAACACCAACUUAUAGGAAUACACCUAUUACUGACACUACUAGUGCCGGCAUGCUGAGCACUGCUGUCAUAGUCAGUGGGAUUGGAAUCUUUAAUAUCGCAGUCAUGAAUUAUCCCACAUAUGGGUUUCCUGUUUUAAUUGUUUCAGUCAUGGCUUAUGUAGGAGCUAGAUACGGAAUCGAUAUCCAAUCUACUAGCAACGAACUAGCAAAAUAUGCAUACUUUGUGCUCAAUGUUUUCAAUAGCGCUGGUAGUUUUUGGGCGAUGGCAAUGAGUGUUUAUGAAUUUUUGGCUGACCAGAAUUAUCAGACUAGUCUUAUUACGACAUAUUACGGAUUCAUUUACGCAUUCACUACUAUUACCACACUAAGUGCGAUUGUACUUGCCGGUUUUAGUAUAAAAGCAGCUGUAACUAGCAGCCAGGAUCUCAAUAACGUAGCUGAAGGAAGAAUUAAUAUGGAGUAA